CUCAGUACGAAAAUGAGUAUCUUAAGUGGAAUGGAAACGCUGAUUAUAACGGCAGUUAUUCUGUUACUCACUGCCAGUUGGCGUUUGUAUCAGAAGCGAAAAUACUAUCGCGGUGUCACCUCUAAGUUGCCCACCGUUUACGGUAUUCCUUUUAUUGGAAUAGUUUAUAAAAUGCUUGAUGUAAAUAAAAUAUUUCAUAAUUUUCAUAUCAAGCAUGUCUUGACCUCAUCUGAAUUCUUUAACAAAGCCGAAGAAGUAUAUAAACACUUUCAGAACGGUGUAUUUAAUGGACUCAUCGUUGCCCCAGCAAAAAAAUGGAAAGCCGAUCGUAAGAUUAUAAGCACCUUCCUUGCGCAUAAUAACAACGUUGCCUGGAUUCCUGCCUUCAAUUCAAUUAGUUUAAAGAAUAAGCUUGAAAGAUUGGUUGGACAAGGUGAACAGGACAUUUAUACAAUUAUCAAGUCUACUUACGCAUUCAAGCUGUUCGGUGUAGCUUUUCUAUCCCGAACUCCACACUACAACAGAGUACGUAAAUACCUCAAGGACUUAGUACAAUCUCUCACUAAAAAACACCUUGCACAACAACUUGAGUCAGAGGCCAUGAACAAUGUCGUAGAAGACAAACAAGCGAUGGUUGAUAUAACUGUAAAGGCCAUGCGUCAGGGAUUAUUUAGUGAAAAACAAGUAGUGGUGGAAGGCUUCACAAUGUUGGCUGCGUCCUACGAGACCUCUGCUGCUGUGCUAUACACUUGUAUGUUGAUGUUGGCUAUGCAUCCCGAAAUACAAGAGCGCGUCUUUCAGGAGAUACGCUCUGUGUUUCCGAUCGAAGUUAUAUCCGUAGAAUAUGAGGAUCUGAAGAAACUUCCCUAUUUGGAUAUGUUUUUUUCGGAAGCAUUGCGUCUAGCUCCGCCCAUAUCCUUUAUCGCACGAAAAACCGCCCAAGACAGUGAAAUCUGUCCAGGCGUAAUACUACCCAAAGGUGCGCAAAUUGCUAUAUCAAUUUACGAAUUGCAUAGGCGCAAGGAAAUUUGGGGUCCGGACGCAAGUCGUUUCAAUCCGGAUAACUUUUUGCCCGAGAACAUUGUAAAGCGGCAUCCAUAUUCAUACAUGCCUUUCUCGAAAGGCGCACGGAACUGUUUAGGCUUUCGUUAUGCUGAAAUUUCGUUACGUAUCGCAGUGAUACAUGCAGUGCGAAGUUUAAAAUUUUCCACAACUUUUAAAUAUGAAGAUAUCGUUCAUGUGCCACAUAUUUCACUGCGUUAUAAAGUCCAACCGCCAUUGAGCAUAGAGGUCAGAGCAAACUAAAUUGUGUUGAUUGAUGUUAUCAUUCGAGUAUACAUAUUCUAUAUGAUUUCUUAGGAACUGUAACUAUUCACUUAAAACUAAUAAAAU